AUGGUUCGCAUGACACGUGCCAUGAGGGCGACAAAGUUUCAAGGAUUGUUUGAAGAUGGAUUGGAUAUAUUGUCUCGUGCCGUAGACAGACGGGUUGUCAGGGAGCUUCCACAGACAAUCCAGGCCGUGCAAGCAAAGCAGAAACUACUGCUGAGUGUUGUGAGCUUCGGUUUGAGCCAACAAGAGCAAGAUUUCAUAUUGCAGACUUUCAACGGACGGUGGGAUGAGGAAGUGGACCACACGGGGCGGUUUCAGCACUGGUGUUGCGGGUGUUGCACCAGCCCGGAGACCUGUGUCCAGCGUUGUCGUGAGGCCCUUCGGCUCCUCUUUGAGAAGUUUCCUCAAGUGCCUCUCCUCUACCGUUGGAAGGGCUGGACGGAAUGCCAGAGCUACACGACCCGUGGAGUGUUUAUUCACGGUUUCAUGCCAUUCUUGAUCAGACGCUGCUGCAGCAAGCAAAGCCAGGAAACCGUUGACUUACAGGCAAUGGAUGAAGAUGCUCCUGACUUGUCUUUUUCUGCUCGACAGGAAAUUCGGAUGAGCAAGACCUUGGCACUUGUAACAUCCCAGAACAUUCGGGCAGAACUUGGGAAGUCAAUGCUGGUGCACUGGCCCAUUGCAACAUUGAUGGACUUCAUAUCUUAUGUGGAAACUUGUCGUGAUCGGCUGCAGAUGCGGUCUCGCUCCCUUCAUCUCCCCCAGAGCGCUUGCCAAUGCACCGAGCAAGAUCUCUGCCAGAUGAAUUGGGAUCUGUUUUCUGGACAGAAAGGCCUAGAUGCUGUCAAGGAGUUUACAACUUUGUUGAUGGCGCCUCCGGACGAUGACAUUUACGAAGCAUGCACAAUCACCUUUGCCAGCAUCCUACCUCAUGUUUUCCCCACCAUGUGUGAUACAUGGCGGAGAAUGUGGUUACCUGCUCAAAAAAAGAAAACCCAAUUGCUUGGGGUCGGCACGAUGACGGUGGAGGCAGCAACAGCUUACUUGAAAGACUUGUCAAGACUGGACCUCUGUUGUGCGGGCGACCCUUUCGUGCAAGUCCGGUCCCAAGAUGUGGAAAUUCGUUGGUCGUUAGUUAAUUACUUCAGGGUUGCUUUGCAUGUUGCUGGUAACGGUGAUAACGUGCGAGGCGUGCAACAGCUGGUAGACUUGCUCAGGGACGCAUUGGUUUACAUGCCGGCCUCGUCCGUGAAUGUUGAGAAGCUGCACAGCAACACACAACAAACGGCGACAGCGCAUCGGGCUGGUAGAUCAGAAAAAAACCUGCAGCUCCACACCUAUGUUAUGGCCACACGGUUGGAACAUCAGCGGUUGAAGAAAGCGGCCGAGGACGAGACAUUGGGAGUUUCCAAAAAGAGGGCAGGUAGGUCACUUUGUGGUUUGGGUGCAUCCGCUAAGGCGGCAAAGAAGUCGCGACGUAUAUGUGCAUUCAAUGCGUUCCAGCAGAGCAAGAUGAAAGGCAGAUCGGUGCGUGUCGGCACACCAGAAUAUAUCAAUCUGUUGCAGAGAGUGAGGCUUGAAUGGGACCAGACGUCUGCGGAAGGCCGUGCUAUUUACGAAGCACGAGCACAUGAACAGAACUUAGCCCGCUCAGCACAGUGCAGCCAAACAUUGAGGGACGCCGAAAGCCAGGAAACUCCUGCUUCGGAUGUGCUGUCGUGUUCGCAGCGCAAGAGACUGGGGCAAGUGCAGCUCAAUCAAUCGCUGAAGGCCUUGGCCAUACAUCCAGUUUGGGCUUCAGGGCUGGGGAUCUGUGAUCAUAUUGCUGCGUUGAAGCCUAGCCUUGUUCAAUGCGUAGAUCCUGAAUCAGCGGUGAUGGCAGCCUUUGAUUAUCUGCCAGCCUCAGAGCCGAAUCCACAGCAGAUGCCGCACAUCUUCUGUAGUUGCGCAGAGCUGCAUCCAGGUGUUUGUAAGAGCGAGACAAACUUGUUUGCAGAAGUGGUGACCAUGGUGCAACAGUUCCAGCGUUACUUGGACGUGCACAAGAUCCAGGGGGUAUCUCUCUUCAACAUACAGGUCGUGUCAAGCUCGUUGACCAGCUCUUCCUCGUCUUCAAGUGACCUCUUGGAGCCGCUGUGGCUGCUGAUGGGUUGUAUCAGUAAGAGGCCGCUGUCUCACAUAAUGGGAAGGCUAGUCGCCCACAGGCUCCAUGCAGAUAUCGUGACCCCUCUCGUUGCAGAUGAAAUGUGGCAGCUACAGACACUUCAUGGCAUUCUGCGUGAGAUUUCCAAACAGGUGCUCGCAGAGCACUCAGAACUGAAGAAAUUGCGUGUUAAGUGCUGCUGUCGCUCUUUCGAAGCCGUGGGCAAUGCUGGUGCUGUACCGAAUUAUCUUCGGACAGGCUCGGCUGUUGCUACUUUCGAGAUUGGUCCUGAAGUUCCGUUUGCAUUGAAGCCUCCACGACAUGUUGCGACUUCCUUCAUGCCCUUUGGAAUCUCGCUGGAGAAAGCAUCCGGGAGGGGACGCGGGCGGGGCCGUGGCCGUGGGCGUGACUCCACUGCCAAGCCUUCGGUGAAGACCAAUGCACCAGCAGUCGAGCCAGCGCCGCAAGAGGAUUCGAGCCCAGAAGAUGAGGAGCCGCCCGUCGCAGGUGCAGCUGCUUUUGCUCUUGACCGGAUGCAGAGGCACGACACAAGCCCAGUUGCCGUGGAGUUCUUAUCGGCCGACCUCGAGCAGGAGGUGGCAGCUACAGCAAGGUCGGUGGCCAACCAGUGCAACGAUUUCGAUGCAGAAGAUCGUGAAGCACCGGGUUCGGAGAUUGCUCGGGCUCGAAAUCGCGACGCUGAUGAUGCCAAUGCUGCUGCUGCCAGUGCUUCUAGGGGCGGUGCUGAGACUACGGCUGCAGUUGGCUCCGAUCUGGCGGCUGGCGGCGGUGAACUUCCCUUCAAUACCAGACUUGGCAUCACGGGAUGCAGCGUCCUCCAGAGGCGCACAGGCUGCUUCAUGUGCAAGCAGCCUAUCAGCAAAGGCGACUACCGCUUGGAAUAUGCAUUUGCUGCGAAGAAGCCGCCUAGGUCAUUGCAUCCCGAAUGUGUUUCCAGUAUUGCUGCAGAGACUUUCGUAGCUUCGCUGGAUUGGCUGUCCAACGAGUUGGCUAAGCCUGGUCUAGAUGCCGAGAGGGCAUCGCUGUUGCAAGAUGUUCGUAGCAGGAUUCUUCGAGGUCAGUGCGCCGGUGAUUGA